AUGUACGCAGAUAUGGAGCUAGACGCCGACGAGGCAGGGGCAGCCGACCACGAGGGUCCCCGAGACAGCCCCCCGCUGUUCUCCCGCCGACCAUCCGGGUUCCGUCGAGAGAACCUGUGGUCGCCGCCGCUGUAUAAACGACGAGCCGCGCCCUGCUCCCCGGAGCCAGGGUCACCGUCAUUCGAAGAGGAGUUCGAAGAUGCCGGUUCUAGCCAGCACAGCUUCCCGGAACCAGAGACGCCAUCAUACGCGCCGAUGUUCGAACAGGAGUUUGAAGAUGCCGGUUAUCACCAGCGCCGCGAUCCCCGAACCGGCCGUGGCAUUUACCGCCCCGAGAGGGGGCUGGAGCGUUACACACCGAAACCAUACAACGCGUACUACGACGACGGGGAGAGCGAAGAGGAGGAACCCUACGGUCGGCAAUUCAUAGCCGAAACAGAGACCUUUCACCACACGGUCACGCCAUGGGGGUUACGCGUCACGCGUAACCACCAGAUGUCCGUAGACGUCUUUGUCCCUCCCGGCCGGAAUGUUAACGCGUUCUUCAGGACAUUCCGAGAAGCCGCGGAACCAAUCGACUACCGCUCCGAACCGGCCGCCGCAGCCAGGGCAAGCCCCCCGCACGCCGAAGCGCGACCGCCAACGCCCGCAUCGCAUCCUCCCCGAUGCCCCAAUCCUCCCGAAGAGUCAGCGGCGGCCACGCCUUCGCACGCCGAAGCGCGACCGCCAACGCCCGCAUCGGAUCCUCCCCGAUGCCCCAAUCCUCCAGAAGAGUCAGCGGCGACCACACCAACACACGCCGAAGCGCCCCACGCGGAGGCAGCGCAAGGCCCUCCCGCUGAAUGGCCCACCGGGGCUACAGAAGAGGGAAACGCCGCACCAGUUCGACAAGCGGAGCUGACCGAACCGGAGGAGCAGUGGGACCAUGACCCUACGGAGGGUAAAACAACCCGUUGCGGAGGAGACGGCGCCGACCCCCCAAACUGGGGAGUGGGAAGGACAAGACGAGUUGCUGGUGGACUGCGACUUGGAUGA